CUUUUCCUGCUCCUUUGGUGGAUGUUGCACGCAAGCCCAGCUCCCAUCGCAGGGGUGAGUAGUGUGUCCCUGCUGAGCCCACAGGCUGAGCCCUGGUUUUGUGGGAUCCAUUCCUGGGAAAUGGAACUCUGUUGCUCUAAGGUCCUCUAGCGGGAAAGAACAAAACUACAGGACACAAGAAACCCCACGGGCCAUCCGAACACAUGAGGCAAAUGCUGGCGGAAAUAGAACAGGCAGGACAAGACAUGGAAGGAGAGGCUGUGCUGAAGGCUGCAUUUCCCAGAGGAAGCAGUAAUUCUGUGCCAGCCUCUGCUGCAGGAAGGGAGGCGAUGCCAGGCACAGUCACUGGAGAUGAGAUUGAUGAGAAGGCUUCUCCAUUAGCAUGGCUGAAUAAAGUUCUGAAGCCCUUGGAGCCUCCUGCAGCUGUGUCUGCAGGGAGGAAUUUUCCUGCCCCUUUGCUGAUUGCUCCACGCAAGCCCGGCUCCCUUCGCAGGGGUUCUCCGAAAGGGAAGAACAAAGGCACAGGAAAGAAGAAAUUCCGUGAGCCAAACAACAUCCUGAAACAAACCGUUAUGGAGGUGCACAAAGAGCAUGGGAUGGACAGAGAGGCUCUAUGGAAGGCAGCAUUUCCUCAAGGAAGGGAGGCGAUGCCGGGCACAGUCACAGGAGACUGGGAUCACGAGUUGGAAAACCUGGUGAAUGGUGGUUUGAAGACCUUACCAGAGGAUGGAGGCAAGCUCUCAAUUGUGGGGCCGCCACAGGCACGUGCUCCCCCUGGCCCUGCUCCUGAGUGGGAGGCAGAGCUGAGCGAGUGCCUUGGAGGCCACCAAUCACCCAGGGGCACUCUCUGCCACUCUGGCCUGAGGGAGAAUCUUCAGCAGAGACACAGGAGCUGUUCUGUGCUGCCUUUCUUUGCAGAUAACCCUGUUGGUGAAAGUGAUCUGGCUUACCAACCCACGUUCAGGAUUGAGCCUCUGGGAGAUGCUGAGGUGACAGACCGAAAGGCAGGACAGAAGGAGGUGUUUCCCCAAAGAAGCACUGGCCCGUUGGCAGCCCCUGCUGCAGAAGGGAAGGCAAUACCAUGCACGGGCACAGGCACAGGAGAUGCAGCCAGCACCACAGCACCUGUUCCAGAUUCCCAGAAGGGCAUCGGAAGGGGUUUCUGUCAGGGAACAGGCUGCUGGCUAGGGUUAAUGGCAGGCAUGCUUCAUUUGGAGCUUAUCUUCAUUUUAUGCUGUGCCCAAAUUUGGAAGUAUUGGAAGAGAAAAUGCUGCAGCUCUGGACAGGAGAUGAAAGCAGUGUCUUCUCCUCACAUGCACAGCCUGAGCAGCACCUCCAGUAGUAAUAAGGGCCUGGUCAGCCCUAUCAAGAGUUCUGAGAAGAGGACCCCAGUCCAUCUGUCUACCAGGAAACCUCCUAUGACCAUGUAGAUCCCACUGCCACUUCCUCUCCCCAUGGGUAUCUCCAAGCUGCCUUCACCCGUUUUUGAUCACCCUCUGUCCUGUCCCAGCCCAUUCCCCAGUUCUUCUAAAGACCCCGGUACCAGCCCAGCACCCUCCAGCCCCAACUGAGACCAACAUGGCCCUUCCUCUGCCCCUGAGCCCCCUUGCCCUGCCCUCUAAACAACACUGAAGGUAACCCUCUGCCCCUGCCAGGGUAGGUGAUGGCCCCUUCUUCUGUUGCCAUAAAGAGAUGGGGCUGUCACCCCCGUGUCCGGGUGGUACCACCAGUAAAGCCCAGCCGGCACCAGCACUGGCUGAGCUCCAUGCCCAGGAGCAGCUGUGGAUGCCCACGGUGAGGGCAGGCAGGA